CCCCCCGCCACCAGUGCUCCCUCCACUAGAUCGGCUCUUAGCAUUACUACGCAUCAUGGCCCAUCGCAUCGUCACCCAGGUCGUCGUUACGGGCGCCCGCGUCUUCGGUCGCGCCUUCGCCGAGGCCUACAAGCAAGCUCAGGCCUCCUCCAAGUACGCUGCUCAGACAGGCAAGAAAGUGGGCGGCGGGGCCGCCUCUGGCUUGACCCUCGACGAAGCCUGCAAGAUCCUCAAUGUCAAGCCCCCACAGGGUGGUGAGGCCAACCUGGAGCAGGUGAUGGAGCGCUUCAAGAAAUUGUUCGACAUGAACGACCCUCAGAAGGGCGGAAGCUUCUACCUCCAGAGCAAGAUUCUUCGUGCCCGUGAGCGGUUAGAGAUGGAGGUCCGACAAGCGGAGCGCCAUGCCGCCCAGGAGAAGGAAUUGCAGGAGGGAUGGAAGCCCAAGGUCUAUAAGGAUCGGUGAAAAGCUUGAACCUCCUACAAUUGGGAAGCUUCCACAUUUCGAAUCAUCCCUCCUUCGUCUCGGUUCCCUCCGCCCACGUGUUCG